UCUAUUUAUUAUUAUUAGACGAUUCUAAAAGAUAAAUCAACAUGAAAACUUGAAAAAGAAAAGAAAAAAAAUAGUUACGUUAGCUAUUUUAUUUAUCUAUUUUUCUUUUAAUUUAGAAAAAAAAAAUAAUAAUUUAAGGAGCAUGGGCGUGCAAUGAGCCUCCUCGUGGUUCCCUAUAAAUCCUCCACCUCUCACACUCCACCAUUUCUUCUCCACUAACAAACCAAACCCCAAUCCCAAAAUCUAUUCUCAACACACAACGCGGAUUGAAUUUGCAUGAAUUUGUCUCUGGAUUUACCCUCGAUUUGAUCAGAGCUUAGGAGGAGCAACGGUUUCUCCACUCUUUUUUUCCGGCAGUACUCCUGAAUCUGACUCCAUCUUUUUAUCCGUUCAAUUGAAUCUGCAACCACAAAAUCUGAAAAUCAAAUUCGUUCGAUUCAUCAAAAAGCAGCAGAUAGUAAGAUGUCAUCAUCGCUCCUGUCAGCGAAUCCAGCUGUAAAUUCCGAUAGAUCGUCGACGAGGAGACGGAAGAAGAAGAAAAUCCAAAGCCACGCUCUAGCAGAAAAUCUCGGUAGCACCGAUCACCACCAAAACUCACCAAUCGAAUGGAAAUCGGACGCGCGGCAGCAAAUCUACUCGUCGAAGCUUCUCCAGGCGCUGCGCCAAGUCCGGCUCGGCGACAGCUCGCCGGCGCCGAAGCGAGUGCACGAAGCCGCCGAUAGAGUCCUAGCCACCACGGCGAAGGGGCGGACGAGAUGGAGCCGAGCGAUCCUCACCAACCGGCUCAAGCUGAAGUUCAUGAAGAGGAAUAACAUCGUAAAGCGGCAGAGCAAGGUGAUGACGGCGAUCUCCACCGGAACCAGCCGGUCACAGAAGAGAUCGAAGGUGAAGAUUCUGCGCCUCAAGCCGAAGUCCUUACCGGCUUUCCAGCGCAAGGUGCGCGUUCUAGGCCGGUUAGUCCCCGGUUGCCGGAAACAGCCGACGCCGGUUGUUUUGGAGGAAGCCACUGAUUAUAUCGCCGCACUUGAAAUGCAGGUGAGAGCCAUGAGUGCCUUAGCCGAGCUGCUCUCUGUUUCCGGCUCUUCAAGUUCCGCGGCGGCUGAAGGCGACGGCGGUGAUCAGUCAAGCAGCUAAUAUGCUUUGUUUAUUAUAUAAAUAAUUUUUUUGAAGUGUUAUAAUUCAUCAUACAUUCUCCACCCCAAUGAAUAUUCUGAUGUGAAUUACAUAUUUCUGGAAAGGACUAUAUUAUAAAUUUAUGGAAGUGGAGAUAAUUAGAAUGAAUUAAUAAUGUGGGUUAGUGCAAGGAAUGGAGGUCACGAUCUUCUUUAUUCACGUGGUGGCAACUUUAUAAUAUUGCAAAGGGGUCCCUCCGGCAUUAUUGAGCUUCGAAUCUUGUUUCGAUUAAAGGGAGGUCGCAUUCGCAUGUGGUGGUUUUUCAUCUUCGGAAAUUUAUUUAUCGAUCGGGAUAAUACGUUACGACCACUAAGCUAAGCUGUGGUACGUGACAUUUUCUAUUUAUCGUGAAAAAACCAAUAAUAUUUCUUGUAUUAUUUAUUGAUGUGUGUAUUGCAUUUUGUUGUAGUGAGUUGGAUUAGGAAGUGAAUGGACAUGUGAGAAAAAAACAGAUGAAAUUAGAGGUAGCAAUCAAGUUGGUUGGUCCCUAUUGAAGAAAAAUGGAAUAUCUGAGUAUGUCGUUUUGGGAGUGGAUGGGGAAAUUCAAUUGUCAGUGCACAAAGUGUAACAUGUGGAGCAAUGAAUAUGACUAAUCUUUUUGAA